UUUCUACUUGUGCCAAUAAGCCUUUUCCUAUCUUCCUCUCCCAAUUUGAAGAUGACUGAACAAUUACACUGGCUGGCAUUGUCUCUUGGGCUGGCAAGACUUGGUUAUUUCUCCCCAAGGCCACCUGUAUCAAAGACAAAUCCCUUGCCAUAAACAGGUCUGUUCAGUAACCCCACCUGGGAGUACAUCAACAGUCUCACUUCAGUUCCUCUGGAACAAAGUCUUAAGAAAACCAACGCUGCCUAGAACUCACCAACCACCUUCCCUAAAUUAUCUUCAGCCUAACCAACUCAUUUUUCUCUGUCAGUCCAUCACCGCUUUCUUUUUAUUUCUCCAGAUAAAUGACUGAGAGAAGUUUGUUGUUUAUUCCUUUCUCCCGUUUCUGAUAUUUGAAAAGAACAACCCUAUUUGCCUGAGAAUUGAUGCGAAGAUGGCAGGAAGUUGCUGUAUACAACUUGUCCACCACCAAUGCACAAAUUAUAAAACCUUUUCCUUGACCUUUGUGCAAACUCAGCUUGUUCCUUGGAGUAGAAUUUUCGUUAUGUUAGAGCUGCUGUGUGGAACAGCCAUUAGUCCUGAAGUUUUGUUCUCUUAAGGUGAGAACCAGCAGAAAAUUCUGCUACCUUAAGGAAGUCCUGAGGGAACUUCCCAUCCCUGAUCGUCCUCACUUGAAGCUAGUGGAAAGGGGGAGGGUAAGGAACGCCUUCAUUCUUACUCUGAGAUUGGAGAACUGUACCCAAAGGAGCCAUGCGCCCUCUCCUCACCCACCCCCUUGUCCUGACACCUAAGGAAAAAGAGCAGCUGAAGAGAGGAGACCAUCCUCCCUCCUCUCCUUUCUGCCUUACUCCCAGAAUCACCUCCAAUGAGAAAAGUAGAGGUUCUUCAUCCUCAGCCUGGUUGGGUUGAAUUAGACCCUGAAAGUCUGUGGACACAGUUCAUUGAUGUGAUUAAAGAAGCAGUUCAAGUUGCAGGACUUAAAAUGAAUCAAAUCUCUGCUCUUGGUCUUUCAACACAACGUGGAACUUUCAUUACAUGGAACAAAAAGACAGGGAAACCUUUUCAUAAUUUCGUAAGUUGGCAAGAUGUGAGAGCUUCUAACCUUGUUAAAUCCUGGAACAGAUGUUUUUUAAUGAAGGCAGUCCGUGGUAUUUCUUCUUUGCUGCACUUUUUCACUCGGAUUAAUAGAUUUCUGGUAUUCCGUUCUUUUAGUUUUACGACACAGCAUAUCUCUUUAAGACUGGCUUGGGUUUUACAACAUUUAUCUGAGGUAGAACAAGCUGUUAAAGAUGGUAAUUGCUGUUUUGGAACAGUUGACACAUGGUUACUUUAUAAACUCACAAAAGGUGCAGUGUAUGCUACAGAUUAUUCAAAUGCCAGCUCCACUGCAUUUUUUGAUCCUUUUAAGCUGCAAUGGAGUGAUCUUUUUAGCAAGUUACUUUCCAUUCCAGUAUCGCUUUUCCCCCCAGUAGAGGAUACUAGUCACAUUUUUGGAUCAGUUGAUGCUGAAAUAUUUGGAGUGCCUAUUGCAAUAGCAGCUUUGGCAGCAGACCAGCAGGCAGCCAUGUUCGGACAGGGCUGUUUUGAUACAGGUGACGUAAAAAUCUCCAUGGGGACUGGUACUUUUUGGGAUAUUAAUACUGGAAACAACAUUCAUGUAUCUAAGAAAGGCUUAUAUCCAUUGGUUGGUUGGAAAAUUGGGAAUGAGAUAACCUACUUAGCUGAAGGCAAUGCUUCUGAUACUGGAAAUGCUAUCAAAUGGAUUCAGAGUUUAGAACUUUUUGACAAUGUUGAAGAGACAUCACAAAUGGCACAUAGCCUAAUAAGUUCAGGAGGAGUUUGUUUUGUUCCAUCUUUUAGUGGUUUGCAGAUACCUAUGAAUGAUCCUUAUGCAUGUACUUCUUUUAUGGGGAUCACACCUUGUACUACUAAAAAACAUCUUGUUCGAGCUGUGUUGGAAUCCAUAGCUUUCAGAAACAAACAACUGUAUGAUAUCAUUACAACAGAGUUGGGCAUUCCGUCUGUGUCCAUUCGAGCUGAUGGAGGCGUCAGUAAAUAUAGUUUUGUGAUGCAGAUGACUUCUGAUUUAAUCAAUAAAUCAAUAAACAAGCCUGACAGUACAGACAUGUCUUGUCUUGGAGCAGCUUUUCUAGCAGGCCUCACUAUUGGAUUUUGGACUGACAAAGAACAUCUGAAGAAGUUGAGGCAAACUGACAUGGUUUUUAAGCCACAAAGGGAGCCAGAGGAGUAUGAACCUGCUAUGAGUAAUUGGAUAAAAGCUGUCUGCCGUUCUCUCUCUUGGUAUAGCCAGCCAUCUCAGUAAUUAAUAUUGUUUAUAUGUUGGACAAUGUAACUAGCAACUUUAUUUCUGCUUUAGACUUAAUUGUACUAAGAAGUUAUUGUUCUCGGACAAUAUUCAAGCAAUACAAAAAGUCUCCUGGAAUAGUAGUGAGCCCCAGGUAGUAGUCAAGAGACUCAGUGUCAGAGUGUAUUUUUCUAAGCGAUGAUUAUUUAUAAUGGACAAACUUGAUUUUAUACAUGAGAUCAGUUUGCAGGAAUGUUCAGAUAUUUGUUGGCAGAGAUUAAGCCUAGUGCUAUGUUGUAUAUUUACCUAAGAAUCCAUCUUACACUAAUUCAGAUCUAUAAUCAAUUCAACUCAGUACUCACUUGUAGAAAUUCAGGAGAUUCCUAGUUUUAGGAAAAACUAGAAAAUAUCGAGAGUCUUCGACUUACAAAAAUAAUUGGGACCAGAAUUUCAGUUGCAAAGUGAUAUGGUCAUAACCGGACCCAAUUUUAUUAAUAUCUUUACUGUGGUUGUUAAGCUAAUCAUGUCAUUAAGCAAAUCAUGCAGUCAUUAAGUGAAUCCAGCUUCCCAGUUCACUUUGUUGUCAGAAGUUGGCCAGGAAGGUCAUAAAUCGCAGUUGUGUGACUAUAAAAUGCCGCAACCAUCAUAAAUGAGAGCCAGUUGCCAAGUGCCCAAAUUGUGUCCACAAGCUGGCACAAGCAGUUGUAAUUUCAAGGAUGGGCUUUAAAUCACUUUUCUUCCAAGGCGGUCACAACAUCAAACCAUCAUUAAACAAAAGAUUGUAGAACAAGGAUUACCUGUAAAUUUGUAAACUUUAUCUUGGCAUUUGAAAAAUAUUUUGUAGUGAAGUGAAAUUAAUUUUGUCUCUCAGAGAUUUCUGAGCCAUGUAUAUGGUACUUUCUCUGUUUCUUGAGCCAGAACAUAAUUAGGAUAGUGAAUUAUAUUUCAUCUACAUUUUAUACAUUACCGAUUAUAGUAAUUAGAUUACUUUGUGUGAAUUAUAGGACUGAUCUAUAUCAGGUCACAAGAGUCAGAAAGGUUUAAAGGUCCCUCCCCUCAAAAAAAAUAUAAGCCAGUUCUCUGGUAGAAUAUUCAUUAUGUGCUAUUUAAUUGAAUUAACUAUUUCUAAAUAUGUAUAUUUGAUAUAUUGUGGUAUUCUCAAUUAGAUAUUGAUUAAUUUGAACCACUACUCUGUUCAAGCAAUCUGUGCAAUAAUAUUGUAUACCUAAGAACUAUAUUUUAUGCUUACAUUUUCAUAAUACGUUUUCUACAUUGAAACUAGCUGUUACAAAGUGCUAAAUCAAGACUGCUUUAAUUUAUACUGUGAUCUACUACUUCAGAUGUAUGUACUUGAGUACUCAAUUGUUAAUACAAGUUCCAAUCUCAAAAUAUUUUGAAACUAUAAAUAUAACAGACUGAUUCUCAGUGUAUUGAAGUAUGGCAUUUAAGACGAAUCAUUGCUUAUGAAUAGUUUUAUGUCCUUGCAAGUAUUGUCCUAUGCUGUGAAAAUGGUAACUCAGAAAGGAAUUGGGUCCCAAUAGAGAAAAAUAUUUUUCUACUUAAUUGCUUUGAGCUGAAUUCUCCUAGGUCUCCAAUUUCUUCAGUAAGGUACUGUUAUGUUUUUUUCUGACUUGGGUGCAGCUCAGUGGAUUUUAUUCCCAAAUGAAGAGUUACAGAAUUGCAGCCUGAAACUUUUAACUUUAAUUGCAAUAAAAUGUAAUGUCUCUUUUAAGCUGA